AUGUCGUUGACUCGUGCGGGUGACUCGCCGAGGUCAAUGGCCGCAUGGCCGGAGGAUCUAUACCGGAGCUAUGCUCCCUCCAUGCGUAGGAGAUCUGUACAUGCAAGCGGUCCAAGGGAACAGAUUGCUAGGCACAGGCAGGACAAGAACGACCACAACAUGAUCUUUAGCUCGCAUAUCCCGGAUAUUGACAUACCCAAGUGCAAUGUCCUCAGCUACCUCUUCCCGAAGAACGAACCCGUUUCCUCCGAACCAAUAUGGAUAGACGCUGCCGACCCUUCGAUCAAUGUGUCUCCACAACAGAUGCUCAUCUGGAUCAAAAGAGUAAUAAUCGGCCUCGACAAGCUCGGUCUGAAGAAAGGCGAUGUCUGCAUGAUCCACACGCCCAACCAUGUCCUCGUACCGGCUGCAUACCUCGGAAUCGUUGGUGGAACACGAUGCUUCAGCGCCGCAAAUCCGAUCUACACGGUGGAAGAGAUUGUGCACCAGAUGAAGCUUACGGAAGUCAAGUGCUUGUUGGCGCAUCCGAGCUUGGUGGAGAGAGACUUGCAGGCUGCGGCGAAAGUGGGAUUGAGUAAGGAUCGGAUAUUCCAGUUCACAGAAGGAGAAGAGUUGUUGCCAGAGUUGAACGGCGUGAAGGAUUGGAGACAUAUGUUGGGCAGCGUGGAUGAGGCGGAGAAAUUCAGCUGGACGGAGUUGGGCGAAGAGGAGUCGACGAAUACCAUUGCCACGAUCAACUUCUCGUCAGGGACCACAGGAUUGCCGAAAGGCGUCAUGAUCUCCCACCACGCUUUAGUCGCCAAUGUGGCACAAACCGCCCGGGUACGUUGGCCGAAGCUCAAUUUCGAAAAUGGUGAUAAAGUCAGUGGUAGUCGCUGGAUUGGAUUCCUACCGUUGUAUCACGCCUACGGCCAAAUGUACGCCAAUCUGAUGUGCGCAAAAUUCGUCGUGCCGAUCCACAUCAUGAAGGCAUUCGUCUUCGAGGAUUUCAUGAAGUGUAUUCAAGAUUCGAAAGUCACCGAGCUGCAGGUCGCGCCGCCUGUGCUGGUGAUGAUGGCGAAGCGCCCGGAGACGAAAAAUUAUGAUAUCAGCUGCGUGAGGGAGAUGCUGUGUGGUGGUGCACCGCUAGGCAAGGAUUUGCAGAAUGAGAUCUCGAGGAGAUUCAAGUGCGAUGUGAAGCAAGGCUGGGGAAUGACGGAGGUGACCUGCGGAUCGAUCAUUCAAGAGGAGCCGCAGGAUACCGGAACGAUUGGAAAGCUGCUUCCCAACACCAAGCUCAAAUUGAUCGACGACGAUGGCAAGGAAGUCGGCUACGAUACACCAGGCGAAAUGUGCAUUCAAGCACCUAAUGUCAUGCUUGGAUACUGGAAGAACGAAACAGCAACACGCGAGGCGCUCAUGGAUGGCGGCUGGCUGAAGACAGGCGACCUCAUCAAAGUCAACGCUCUGCAAGUGGCUCCCGCCGAGCUGGAAGAUCAGCUUCUCAAAUCGUCCAUCAUUGCCGAUGCCGCGGUCGUGGGUGUCACAAUUCAAGACGAGGAAUGGCCAUGCGCGUAUGUCGUGUUGGCGGACAGUGUGGAGGCGAAGAAGACGACACCAAGGCAGAUUCAGGACUGGUUCCGGCCACGGGUGGCCAGGCACAAGGCACUAGUGGGUGGAGUGAAAUUUGUCGACGAAAUCCCCAAAUUACCCAGUGGCAAGAUUCAACGCAAGAUCUUGAAGGAGUGGGUCAAGAGGGAUACUCCGGAGUUUGCGAAGAACUUCAGCCGGGCGAAGCUAUGA